AUGGCGUCGGGAUCCAGAGCCACGGUGCCUGAAGACUCGGUCCGAACCGUCAGCCCCGGCCGGCGAGGCAAGAAGGCUGUCUCCGCGCUCACCGGGGACUCAGUGGAGGCGGGGACCCUGAAAAGCGCCGCGUCUGCUGUGCGGUCAGUGGUGGCCUCCCCUCGCCCCGUGAAGCGGAAAGCCCACCGGGAGGCGGCCCAGAGGCGGCCCCAGCUCCUGCCGGGCUCUCAGGACGACGGUCGGGGACAGGGGCCUGAGGAGGAGGAAGAAGAGCCCCUUCUGUCAGUGCCGGAGGAGGAUGACGAGAAGGCGCAGCCACUGCCCCCAGUCUGCGCGUCCCCCAUGAGGGGGAUGUGGCGGGAGGAGAAGGUGGCGCUGUAUUGCGACGAGGUGCUGCAGGGCUGCAAGAAGAUGCUGAUGAUGCUAUGA